GAGCUCCGUUUUCCUCGAACAGGUUUCGCAAGCAAAACGAACAAAACCGUUCAACAACACAGCGCUUUUGCAACUGCAACCAAACAGCGGCUCAAGACUGUUGGAUUGUUGGAGAAGCAAAACGACUUCUUUUCAAAAAUUGAUUCUAUCGUCGUACCUCAUAAAGUGCGGGCGUUUGAUUUCACUUUCUCAAAUCUAUUUGCUUGAACGAACCGCAAUAUACGGCUUCGUGUUCACCUCCCGUUCAAAGCUCCACACGGCGGCUUGAUCCCUCAUAAAAAGAUUUCUCCGACGCUUUCAACACUUUCGUCUGUUUCUCGACGCAAGUACUUUCUCUAUACAUUUUCCUUCUUGUUCUUUGUUGCCAAGACAUGAAUACGGCUCAUCCCGUGCGUUCCUCUGGAAAGGUCAAGUUCUUUAACAGUCAGAAAGGUUACGGUUUCAUCAUUCCUGAUGCUGGCGACGUGGAAGUGUUUGUGCACCAUACAGCUAUAUUGAACAAUGGUGGUUUUCGGAGUUUGGCAGAAGGCGAAACGGUGGAGUACGACGUCGUAAAGGGUCCAAAAGGAUGGCAGGCUUCCAACGUAUCCGGUCCGAACGGCAAGCCCGUUCGGGGAGACCACCGCGUCCUGCGUCCCUCGUUCCGUCCCCAUUACCUUUAUAAACCUCACCCGACCGGCCUCCUUCUCCCAACGUCACCCGUGUCUCCUCCCCUUACCCCUGCCCAAUUCAUCAGCAGUAUGUCUCCCACACCUACGUACGCUCCAAAUGGUGCACCUCUCCCAAAUAUGACCGCAGCAUACUACACACCCCAUGGAUGGGUAACUCCUUAUCAGGCUUACGGAUACCCCACGUCGUCUCCCAUGUCGCCUACCAUGUCGCAAGGGAUACCAUAUUUUGGAACAUACCCGAGUCCUGGAGCCUCGGGCGGAGACGAAAUGGAACCAGCUGUCGCAAAGACUGAAAGUGGUGACAGUGACCAGGUGCCGCAAGGCGACAAUGAAGACAGUGUGGAAACGGAGGCAGUUGAGACAGUAGACCCCACGGUCGCCGUUUCCCCCGUUGCGGGUGGGAUGGUGAUGGGUAUGAUCGGUAUGAAUGUGGGAGCCUAUCCAAAGUAUACAUCCGUACCUGUCGCGGGCGGCGCUGGUUAUGCUUACAUUGGCUAUUCAGCAGCCCCAGCGUACCCCCCACAAGUCGUCCUCCAACCUGCUCCAUCUCAUCAACACCAGUAAAUUCCGCCUUAACGUGUAGACUAGCACAUACAAUGGUAUCCACACCGAAUGCUUGAUUCAGAGAAUAAGAGGGGGCUGCUUACAAAUCCCAAACUCCCACACCGCGAAAUGGUCCUGACUCUUCAUUUUCAAGAAGAUGACUUUUUAAAGGACCUCAUUGUAUAUAGCAAAAUUUAAACAUGGUGGUGAAGAAAAAAAAUGGGAAUGGAACGUCGUAGCAUUUUAAGGCGCGUAUAAGGUAGCUCGUUUGGAGACGGUUAAUAGGUAGCAAGGCAUUGUUCGCGGAAUGACUGGGGGAAACUCUCAUCUAGGUUUUUGCCUGAUAUGAUAUUAAUAGGGCUAUAGCUAAAUCGCACAAAGUAAAACAUUGGACACUUACCGAUCAGGACCAC